AUGGGCAAUGCAGCCAGCAGCAUGGAAAUGUCUCCAGCGAAGGAGAUUAAAAGCCAACCGACUGCUUCUUCGCCUUUACCCCCCAAACAGCCUGCACCCCCCAAACUACCUAUGCCCAAUGCUGAGGAAUUGGAAGAACGAUUCGGACAUGUUCUGAAUUCUAUGAAUCUGCCACCAGACAAAAUGAAGCUCCUGAGUCAGUAUGAUAAUGAAAAGAAAUGGGAAUUAAUAUGUGACCAGGAACGAUUCCAGGUCAAGAACCCACCAUCUGCCUAUAUCCAGAAAUUGAAGAGCUAUCUAGACACAGGUGGAUUCAGUGGAAAGUUUAAGAGACGAGUUCAAGAAUCUACCCAGGUUCUUCGGGAAUUAGAGAUAUCCCUGAGAACAAACCACAUUGGUUGGGUCCAGGAGUUCCUAAAUGAAGAGAAUAGAGGUCUUGAUGUGUUGGUGGAUUAUCUCGCCUUUGCCCAGUGCUCUGUCACGUAUGAUAUGGACAGCACUGACAAUGGGAGCCCUGGGUCGGACAAGGGAAAGGCCCUGGACAGAUCUGUAGAGGACCUCAGCAGAAGCAAUUGCUCUCCCACACAGGGUUCCAUCAAAGCAAGGCACUUGACUGUCAGGUGUUGCCACUUGAACCAGCAGAUCCAAACAUUCUUUCAACAAGUCCACCCCAGCAUCCCCUCCUCCAGCGCCCUUGGCACCGAGCAGGACUGUAAGCCCAGGCCACCUGUCAACUCUUACUCACCCCGACUCAAUCCGGCACACAGCAGGAAGGCACUACGGAACUCACGUCUCGUCAGCCAGAAGGAUGAUGUUCAUGUCUGCAUCAUGUGUCUCCGUGCUAUUAUGAAUUAUCAGUCUGGAUUCAGUCUUGUGAUGACCCAUCCAGCCUGUGUAAAUGAGAUCACACUCAGUCUCAACAAUAAGAAUCCCAGAACUAAAGCUCUUGUCCUUGAGCUGUUGGCUGCUGUUUGCUUGGUCCGAGGAGGUCAUGAUAUUAUUCUGGCUGCCUUUGACAACUUCAAAGAGGUUUGUGGCGAGAAGAACCGUUUUGAGAAGCUGAUGGAGUAUUUCCGAAAUGAAGACAGCAACAUAGAUUUCAUGGUGGCUUGUAUGCAGUUCAUCAAUAUUGUGGUUCAUUCUGUGGAGAACAUGAACUUUCGUGCCUUCUUACAAUAUGAGUUCACACAGUUGGGACUUGAUGAGUACCUACAGAAGGUGCGCUGUACAGAAAGUGACAAACUGCAAGUGCAGAUCCAAGCCUAUCUGGAUAACAUCUUUGAUGUUGGUGCCUUGCUGGAGGAGACCGAGACCAAAAAUGCCAUUCUGGAACACAUAGAGGAUUUGCAAGAAGAAGUUGGACAGCUCACUGAGAAACUCCAGGAUGCAGAAAAUGAAUCCGAGGCCAAAAUUGCUGAGCUAGAGAAACAGCUGUAUCAGUCACGCAAUGAGCUGGAGAUCCUGAGAACAAGAAGAAGUGAUGAGCCGAACAAGCUGGAUCAAAUCAGCAAAGUUAACAAGCCAGGAAGUCCUUCUUGGCUCCCAAUGCAGCUUCCACAAGAGUUAAAAAUAAUUCCACAGUACACUGCUUUGGAGCACAACCUGGAAGAACUAGAAGACAAAGGUUUAAUCCGGAUUCAGCGGGGGCCUGGCAGUGACACCAUCAUUGGCAUUGAGGUCAUCCCUGUUGUUACUAUUGAAGCAUCUUCAUCAACUAGCACAGAUUAUCCCUCCCCAUCUACAUCGCCUGUCCCCACUCUUGCUCCAGAAAUACCACCAGCACCACCUUUACCUUUCAUGAAAGGCAAUGAUUCUGUGGCUUUCCAUUCUUCUCGAGAGGAGGGGCUGUCACCUGUUCCAACUUCUCUUCCACCACCACCACCACCACCACCCUCCUCACUAGGGAUCAGUGAGCCUCCACCUGCCCCACCACUGCCUGUAACUAAACCUCAAGCUCCACCGCCACCACCACCACCACCACCACUCCUCUUAACAUUUGGUGGCCCCGUUGCUCCUCCUCCACCACCACCUCCUCCUCCUCCCAUGAUUGAUGGGACAACUUUUCCAGCAAGUACAGUUACUGCAGCUGUCAAGAUUAAGAAGCCUAUACAGACCAAAUUCCGUAUGCCUGUCUUCAAUUGGGUUGCUUUGAAGCCUAACCAGAUCAAUGGGACCAUCUUCAAUGAACUCAAUGAUGAAAAAGUCCUUCAGGAGCUUGACAUGAGUGAUUUUGAAGAACAAUUCAAAACCAAAGCUCAGGGUUCAAGCAAAGAACUCAGUUCCAUGAAGGCAAAAACUUUAGCGAAAGUUCCCACUAAGGUUUCACUGAUUGAAUGCAACCGGGCAAAGAACCUGGCCAUCACCCUCCGUAAAGGGGGGCUCAGUAUCGACAGCAUUUGCAAAGCCAUUCAGACAUAUGACUUACAGACCCUCAGUCUGGAUUUUCUGGAGUUACUGAUGCGCUUCAUCCCAACGGAAUAUGAGAUGACACUAAUCCGCAAAUAUGAAAAAGAGCAACAUCCACUGGAUGAGCUUUCCGAUGAGGACCAAUUCAUGAUCAAAUUCAGCAAAAUUCCCCGCCUAACAGAACGCAUGAACAUCAUGACAUUCUUAGGCAGUUUUGCAGAUACUGUACAACUCCUUCUGCCACAACUAAAUUUUGUGAUUGUUGCUUCAAUGUCAGUCAAGUCAUCUACCAAACUGCGUCAGAUUUUAGAGAUUGUCCUGGCAUUUGGGAAUUAUCUGAACAGCAGCAAACGGGGAGCAGCUUAUGGAUUCCGGUUGCAGAGCCUUGAUGCGCUUCUGGACAUGAAAUCAACAAACCGGAAACAGACACUACUUCAUUAUAUAGUGCGGGUGAUCCAAGAAAAAUAUUCUGAUCUCCUGAACUUUUCCAGUGAGCUGCACUUUCUGGACAAAGCAGGGACAGUGUCACUGGACAGUGUGCUUCAAGAUGUGAGAAGCCUACAGCGGGGCAUGGAGCUAGCACGCAAAGAAUUCAUGCGCCAGGAUGACAGUAUUGUACUCAAAGAUUUCCUAAAGAUGAACAUAGAAAUGAUGGAAAAGCUUCAGGCAGACAGUAAAACUGCGCAGGAGGCAUAUGAGUCAACAGUGGAAUACUUUGGGGAGAAUCCCAAGACUACUCCCCCAACUAUGUUCUUCCCUACAUUUGUGCGCUUUAUUAAAGCAUACCAGAAAGCAGAGGAAGAUAUCAAAUUGUGGAAGAAGCAAGAAGCAGCUGCCAAAGAAGAGGAGUCAAUUUCCCCUGGCAAGGAGGAACAGGCAGUACCCAAGCAAUCUCCCACCCAUAAGGCCAAGCGACAACAGAUGGACCUCAUAGCUGAGCUGAAGAAAAAGCAGAUGGUGAAGGAGCCUCUCAUUUAUGAAGAGAAGGAUGGUGCCAUUGAAGACAUUAUUUCAGGUCUACGUAUCCAGCCAUACCGACGGGGGGACACUGGUCGGCACAGUGGCAAAAAACGGACCACUGGGCAGACUCUUCAGGCAACCUCCGAGAUCUCACUGUGACAGCCUUGAAUGAGAACAAGCUAAAUAAGUCUUGGUUUGCUGGGUGAAGCAAGGACUCAGGCCUGGAC